AUGCACAGGGAGGAUACAAGAUACAAGGAGCAGCUGUCUCUUCCUGUUUCGUGUCAUGUGACAGGUGACGGCCUGGACAACAGUGUGGCCUCACCGAGCACAGGGGACGAUGAUGACCCGGAUAAAGAGAAGAAACACAACAAGAAAAGAGGGAUUUUUCCUAAGGUGGCCACCAACAUCAUGAGAGCAUGGCUCUUCCAACACUUAACACAUCCCUACCCCUCAGAAGAACAGAAGAAACAGCUGGCGCAGGACACAGGCCUCACCAUCCUACAAGUGAACAACUGGUUCAUUAAUGCGCGGAGGAGAAUAGUGCAGCCCAUGAUCGACCAGUCAAACCGUGCAGUAAGUCAAGGAGCUCCCUACAAUCCAGAUGGUCAGCCAAUGGGUGGCUUCGUCAUGGACGGCCAGCAGCACAUGGGAAUCAGACCACCUGGGCCGAUGGGUGGAAUGGGGAUGAACAUGGGCAUGGAAGGUCAGUGGCACUACAUGUAGCCCUACCCGAGUCUGACCAAUCACAACACAAUGGGGGAUACCUGGAGGGGAAUCGUGUGUCUCCCAGAGGCCUAUGGAGCUAAGGAAUGGGACACUUCCUGAUGCCAGUAGCCACCGAAAACAAGAUUCCAGAUUCAGCAACUGUUUUAUCUGGCCGAUGCCUGCCAUGUGGACAUCUUCCAUGGCUGCCGCUAAUCUUUUCAACAGAAUCGAACUGUGUUGAGUUGAUCAAAAUUCACCCACAUUUGGUGAAACCUUAAUCCUGACAGAAUGCCGCUAUUUCUUCUCUGGUCGGCACAAGACUUCAGCCCCUUUGCUGCUGCCCAAUCGCCCCAUGCUGAUUCCUCCAUCAAAGUGAUUGUUAUUGACUCUUUGGGCAGUUUGCCUGUACCUCCAGUGAAUGUGGCACCUGGUUGAUAUAUUUUCAACUCUUGACAGCAAACAUAAAAAGACUUCUUGAAAGGAAUGCUCUAACCUUUGGUACAGUGGAUGUGGACCAAAGAGAAGCCAAUCUCUGUAAUGGACAGGACGCUGUAGCAAAACAGAGGAGGUGCCCUUUAAAUUGAGACCUGGAUGGAGAGAUGACAAGAGUAAUGAAAUUAAAAGUAUAAAACUAUAUCAAGCCCUAGUUUGGGAAGUGAGUGGAGAAAGAAAAUAUACUGUAUACUGUUGUAAAAUUAUGCUGGACUCUCAUAAGAACUGGGAAACUAAGUAUUGUAAAUGCUAUUGUAUUGUUCUGCAUAUUAUGUUGUUUCUAAUAGAUUUUUUAAAAAAGGAUGUGAACUUUUUUCUCUUUUUUUCUGGUUUCUUUCCAAAUUCUCUAUUUUUGGGUGUGUGUGUGAGUGUGUGUUUGCAUUCUCAACAAAUCUGCCCUCUAGCUCUAUUGAACCAAAUAGCAGUUUAUUAAAAGAAACAAUAGUAAAUAAAAUAUGAUAUCUGCUCUAACUUUUUUUUGCAGCCUUUAUGGAAAAUCGAGGAGUGUCAGCUAUCCAGGUGUUUUGUUUUGUAAAUGUUAUUUAUCCUAACUCACAGUCUCCUCACGGUCAUGCAUGAUGCAGAUAUUUGUGUCUCUGUCAGUUGGGCUCCACUUUUCUACCUCCAAUCUGUGUAACUUUUCAUAUUUUUUCAAACAAAAAUUCAGUGAUUCGCUUUAUGUUUGAACUUUUUAUUGCUGAAGAAAAUGGUCACAAAGCUCAUCGGAUAGACUCCAAACACAAUGUGCUCAGUUACUUGAAUAAGACGAACAAGAUUUUUCCAGUUUUUUUCUACUCUGAUUUUAUACUCAUGGUAUGGGGAGAUCCUCGUAAUGCAGUCAUGCAGAUGCAAUAUUUAAGAAAACUCUCACAGUUGAUGGGGAAGCUGCAAGUCUUACCCAAAAUACAUGUUGUUUCCAUCUGUGUCUGUGAUUGAGGGCCUCUGGAAGUCUGAUACAUUGACUUAUUGAUAUGUUUAAUGUCACAUGGCAGCGCGCUCAUGUGCCCAAUGGAUUCUCUCCCUCUCAUCAUUUGAUGCAGGCACUGUGGGAAAACAGCAUUUAUGCCACAGUACAUUCUUUCUUUGAGGCUUUUAGCCUUCAAUAAAGUACCCAGUGGAGGAAAAAAAGUGUAUUUGAAAAAAAUAUUAAAUAUGUUUUUCACUUUAACCAUAGUGCCCAUUCAAGUAGUUUUUUGCUACUUGCUUUUUUUCCUUUUUUCUACUGGUAGCUUUAUACUGAAAGUAAGACGCCUAAUACAUUAGAGUCAGUUUACCUGAAGCAUCAAAGCUACACCUAUAUGAGACUAUACAAGGACCCAGCAGGGCUUCCAAGUUCCUUAUCUUCAAAUAUAACCCCUCCAUUUGUGUUUAAAAUAGACUUGUUUCUAACAUUAAGGCUACUAAAAAGUGGGAUGAUUAGAAUGAUAAUCAGGAUUACUGAACAUGUAAUAUUUAGGUUAAUUUUUUUAUUUUUAGCUUAGCUCUGCAUUAAAAAUUCAUGAUCUGUAAUAAGACUUUUAUUGACAGACAAUUGAAUUUGAAGUAGAAAAUGUAUACUCAUAAAAACUGUAUACAAAUUGGCUCUCUGCAUUAACUUUAUGAUAAAUUCUAUGGUUAAAGUUUAAAUAUUGCACUAGUUAGCACUUGAUACUUAGCAGGUAAAAGACUUAUGUUGUUGUAAGUCAACUAAUUAUCUAGUGUGAACUAAAGUUCUGAACACAAUACUCUGAAAUUAACAUUAUUAUGCAGCAUCAUUUAACCAUCUUACCAUUUCAAUUUUCAUCCUGUCAAAGGGGUUUGUUGAAGUCUGAUCAGGUCAUUGUAUAGUUCCAAAUGGCAGUCGUUGAAGAAUAAUGAGGCUUCAUUAAGUCUCUAAUUCAACAAACUGGGUCAAGGUUUUUGACCAAAUACUUAGUUACAACUACCCAACUCCUGUCCCAACAGCAUAGACCCAGCAUUGGCUCAUGAGUUUUGUGUGUGCAGCAUGUGUGGGACAGUAUUGAUGUGAUUGGGAACAUGAGUGUGAUAGAGUGUGUGUGUGGGUGUGUGAGUGUCAAUCCUUCCGCUAUCCAUUGCUUCAGACGUGUAUCACACACAUCUUUUAAAAUUCCUUUGAAGACAAAGUCAUGAUUCGUAUGCUUUUACUUUGAAGGGUUAUAUAUGUACAUCUGUGUUGUAAAUAAAUACUUUUCUUCAAAUAACACAAA